AUGACCCCAGAAUUCGGAGUAAUUCACUACAACGGUCCAAAUAAGAAAAGAGAUGAAAGGAAAAGGGUUACUAGGCCAACGUAUACUCUGAAGAGAGUCAAAUCGACAGUAUCCAACAACGAAUCUAUUGAGAGCAAGAAUCAGAAAGAUGUUAAUUUCAAUCGAAAGGUCGCCACUGACAUAAUUAAAAAUUAUAUUUAUUGUACUGUGAAGGAAGGAGAUGAUAUAAGUGCUCAUCAUCAAACGAUCCGAAGUGUGGGAUUGCUGUGCAUCUAUGAAAAAGAAUUUUCAGUUUCUGGUUCUCCACUGGAGCAAAUCUUAAACGAAAAAACUCAUGAAAUUUUUUUGGAAAAUGAUAAGACACGUCUUGAACGAGAGACGAUGAAUACUUAUGGAGUAAAUGAAGUAGGAUUAAUCGACUUCUCUAAUAGUCUACCGACGUAUAACCAAGAGCACAAUGCGGUCCUCGACAUACCUUUGGAAUUACAGUUCACGAAAUCCGGAAAAUUGAACAGCAGUUCAUACAAGUGUGAAAUCAAACAUAGCUCGAUAGGACACGGUUUAGUUAUCGAUACUAAUAACUUGAAAAAUGAAAUGUUCAUUGAGGCACCAACGCUUUCCGGCAGAAUUAUGGCUGAUAAGUCUCAUAAAUCCUUGAAAUAUCAAGCCAAUUUUAUCAAUCUACCGUCUUAUAUCUCAACUGAGACUAUUGAGCUCCUUUUCGACAAUUUUUGUAAUCAGUAUGCUCAAGAAACUAAUAAGUAUCUAUUUUGCACGAACUCCAAGGAUGGAGAAGCUUCGCAAAACUUUACAAGACGGAUUUUGAAUAUAUACUUAUCACUUGCAUUCAGUAAUAUAACUGUGUUUAAGGCAAUCUUACUAUGGUCUGCGUGGAACGUCUCAUUGGAACAAAAAUCAGAUGACUCAAUAUCAAAACCCGGCAUAAUUCUUCCUCUUCAGCUUAAUUCUUUACGCGAAGACGUUAUAAGUGACUUAGAGAGAAGGUUGAGCUAUUUCUGUGCCACCUGUUGCGAUCAUACUAUAGCAAUUGUAAUACUAUUACUUGAAAUAGGAAAGUUCAAUGCCGUAAUUGAUCCCGAAUAUUGGCUAAAUCUAACUACAUUGAUGCUUAAGAUUAUUUCUUUAAGAGGUGGCGUUAAAAAAUUAAGUGAAACGCCUAACGGCUUAUUCUUUGCGAAGAUAUUCAGUUUUCACUAUUUCUCUGGAUAUGGCUACAACUUAUCGAAGAAUAAUAUUGAUUAUUUGAACAUUGAAAACAUUCAUUCUGUCUACAACAUUCCUUUGAACCUAAACUCAAAUUCAUAUUACUUUUUUAUGAAGAAAAUUACAUCAGUUGUUGGUGAGAUACUUCAUUUGUGCAGCUUAUUAAAGAUGGCCAAAAAUUCAGAUACCAAUGGGCACGAUUUUUUGCACAGCUAUGAUUCACUAAAUAGCUGCAACAUUUCCAGGGUUCUAGAUGAAGCACGAGAUACUGAAACAAGAUUGCUGCUGACUGAAGUACCGAAAAAUGAAAUAAAAGACAUGUUACUAAGUUGUGAAGAAAUGGGUAAGAUAGCGAUAUUUUUGAAAGAGUCUACUUCUCUUUUGUUAUAUCAAUUGGUUUAUAACAUUCCCUCCGUGUCAACAUUAACAUUGCUUCUAGUGAAAAGAAUGAUACCUAUUUUGCAGGAAAUUUUCGACUUUUAUCAAGCUAAAGGUGAAACAACUAUGAAUAUAUAUAUGAUUUUGCCCAUUUUUGCUGUGGGAUGUGAUAUUAUCGGACAAGAAACUCGUUCUUGGUAUAUGGAAAAUCUCAAGGAAGUUUACAAGGUUACGAAGAAAGAAAAAUUUUUUACUGUCAUAUUGCUAGUAGAAAAAAUAUGGCUGAUGAAUGAAGAUGGUUCCACCUUCAUAUUUUGGCCAGAAGUUGCAGAAGAAAAUGGUCUUAUUUUGCCAUUGUGUGUUUAA